AUGAUGAAUAAUGGUAGAAGAAAGGGUUUGAUUAUUCCCCAAGGCUCCCAAGGCAUUGGAUGGAAAGGGUUUAGAGGAUUGAUGAAGGAUAUUCUUUCGGGUGGAAAUAAUACAAGGAUACAGGAAAAAGAAAAUCAAAGUCUGAUGGUAGUAUCACAAUUUAGAGUCAGGGAGCAAGGAAAUGGGGGAUGGGCUGAGAUGCAUAAGGAAAAUACUCCUGCAAAUAAUAAGGGAGAUGAAAAUAUGCUUAAAGAAGAGGUUAAACUAAGGAAAUCUAAAUCUGAGAAGGAAGCUAAUGAGGUAGUUAAUGUAGCUGGAGGUGCUAAAGAAAGCAAACAGUCUACUGUUCCAGAAUUAAAAGAAUGGGGGGGUAACAGAAAAGGAAAAGAGUGGCAGACUGUGAAAGGCAAAGGGAAGGCGAAGAAUAAAGAGAAGCAAAAUAUGGAGGGGCAUAAAACCAACAAAGGUGAUGGCAACCUAUUUAACACGCUUCGUGGGGAACAUUCUGGUAAAGGUGUUUUGGGUGUGAAAGAGAAUUGUAAUAUGCACCAACAAGAAGAGGUUAUUGUUAUAGAGGAGACUUUGAACGUACAAAAGGAAGGAGGUGAGACGACCAUGGGGGAAGUUGAACAAGGGGUGACCAAUGAGGAAUCACCAAAUGUCUUAAGAAAAGGAGAGGCAGCCAAUGAAGUUAGGGAUUCUACUUUCCCAGACAAUUUUGUGAACCAGGAACUGAACCAGGGGGAAAAUCUUGAAGGGACAGCCUUGAGCUUGGAGGAGGAGGUCAAUAUUAACACUCAGGAACCUGAUGGCAGGGACCAGGAUAGCUCAGAAAACAAAGAAUUGUUCUGUGCUUUAAAUAAAAAAUGUUCCUCCAUGGGGGACUCCUUUUUAGUGGACCAUAACUACUCACCCGUAUGGGGGGUAAUGACUGUUGUUGAUGAGGGUAGGGGAUUAAUUCAAAGAACUGAACCCCCUGACAAAGGUUACUGGUUGGAUAAGGGAAGCUCUUUGAGUGUAAACAAUGCACAACAUACUUUGGGGGAGGAUGAUGAUGAUUCUGUUGAGCCAGAUGUGAACUCCCUUGAAGUUUACUCUCAGGAGGUGGAAAAUGAAAACAACAUGGGGGCGAUGAAUCUUUCUUCUUAUCAAUGA